CCGCGGCCAUAUAUGACAUGAUUACCCGUGACCUUGAGUGUCCUUGACAUGAUUGCCAAUCAGAGAAGAGAAAGUGAUUUCAAUGGACACCCUAUAUUAAGCGGACACUAAUGAGGGUCCCAAGGGUGUCCGCUUAAUAUAGGUUUCACUGUAUUCACUUUUCAGUCGUCGGCCAAGUGACGUAUGAAUACCAAAUUUAACUUUAUUUGAAAUCGUUGACUUGUGCACUCACGAAUCAUGGCGAGCGACACUGACCGACAGAAAAAGCAAUCCCAGGAUCAGAAAAAGGUGUUAACCAACAUAUUCUGUGCUUGUGUUCUGUUGUUCUGUGUUGGAGUAAUCGCUGCAUAUUACCCGUUCCCAAAACCGCGCCUUCCGACUUUGCUCGACAGACUUGUGUUCACGCUUCGAUGGUUGAUAGUUUCGCUGUUCACGGUCUUCGCUGGGGUCAUCUGGGUUGGAAACAUGCGAUACAGCACCUCUGCUAUCAAUCCAUUGGACCCAAGCGGCAAGAAGUACGUAGAAAUGCGUUCGAGGUAUCUACAGAAUACCGUUGAACAAUUCCUGCUUCACUCGUUCAGUCUUGUCGCCUUGUCCACUUAUCUUUCUGAGGAGAACAUGCACUUGGUUCCUCUGCUGGUAGUGUUGUUCAGCAUCGCUCGACUUCUGUUCGCAGUAGGUUACUCCAUUGAUCCUCUUAAGAGAGGCUUCGGGUUUGCCAUGACAUCUUACCCAACAUUCAUGGUCAUUACAUAUUGUUUGUAUUGCCUGUUUAUGCACGGAUUGGAAGCAUAUCACUGAAAACUAAUGUACGUGUAUGAUGCCCCGUUGUAGACAAAGGAAAUUCGUGCAUCACAAAGCGAGCCUCGAAAAAGACAGCUGAAAAGAAACAAGUAACAAAUACAGAAUACAGAAUUAAAAAUACAUGUAUCUAGCGUUGUUUGAACGUGGAUAUUGUUAUUUGCACAUUGAUUUGCAUGUUCCGUCGCGUGUAACAAAGAAUUAGAAUUCAUUAUCGUCCGUAAUAGCCCUUUUCACGGUUAACUUUGCUUACUUGCAUUACAACAAAAUCUAGCAUGUAUG